CCUGCUCUAUAUUUGUAAACAACACUCCUUCUCGAACAAUGAACGGCUGCUGCAGUGAGUGACGAGCGCGAGGGAGUUGGGGGGAGAAGAAGCCCCUUGACUGGCAUCCACUGCAGGGGGUUCUGGAGGCGCUGUUUUAAGGGUUUUGUCCCUGGAUAUGAAGAAUGAUUAAAAGAAGAUGGCAGACCUGCAAACUGUUUUUGGGAAUAUUGAUUACUCUCACUUUUUUUUAUGGAUGGUAUCAAAAAGUAGAUGAUAUUGUGGACCUUGAAACCUGCCCAGCAUGCUAUGGACAGACCCUCUGCAGCACGCUUGUAGGCCAUGAGGAACCUCUCAGUGAGAGACUUCAGCUUACAAGUUUUUCAAAAUGGAAGAUCCUGAACCUUAUGAAUGUGAAGAAUGUUUAUUAUGGAAAGAUGAGAGAUGUGCCAGUUGUGCUUAAGAAAUUGGCACACAAUUCAGAACUAGAAGAGUUUGACGAAAACUUAUGCAAAACAGCUGAGCAACCUGAGAAUUGCAGCAUAUCCCAAGCUUUAAAGGUUUUGUUAGCAAAGGAUGGUCAAGAUGUACUCCAAGUUGUUGGCAAAUACCCAGACUUGUUUCAGGCAAGUGAAGCUGUAAAAUGCAACCAUAGCAGAACUGUGGAGGUUUUAUAUGAGAGCUUUAAGAAGACAGACAGAGGUCCUUAUCAUCAGCACCAUUUCCUCACAAUGUUAGCAGUGAACAUAGAACCCCUUGUAAUAAUGACCUACCAUUCAAAUUUCUUUCCAAGGUUAAUUGGUACCUGUGGUAGAGUUAUAGUUGAGGAUUAUGUUGGACCUACACUGACAGAACAGGGCGACGAACCUUGGAUUGUUCGAGCAGAUUAUGCCCGACAGUUGCUGGAAAUGGCACAGCAGUUUUCUUCAGGAACUUUUGUCCUCUACUUGACCGAUGUUUCACUUGAUAACUUUGCUGUUGGUGAUGAUGGCAGUGUUAAAGUUAUAGAUGCUGAGAAUAUUGUUAUCGUUGACACAAGUUCAACAGGACUCAAUGUUACAGAACAUGUGAAUGAUGGAUUUGGAUGUGCUGAUUGUUUAAGCUUUUCUUAUGAAGAUCUCUGUGGUCAUGUCUCAUCAGAUCAUAAUUUCUAUGCUGUGUGUAAGGGGAUGCUAUCACCAUCUGCAUUUUCCGAAGACCUUCCUCAAGGCCUCCUACACAGCCCACCAAUUUGGCUUAUCAAGAAAUUCCCAGAACUUUUCCCCCUUGUUGAAAAAUGUGGUCAUCACCCUCUCAAUAACCCUAAUAAGCCAACGCCAAACAGAAGAGCCGCAGCUAGUGAUCUCCAUAAACUGCUAGUCAAUAUUAUAGAGCAAUACUAUACAUAAUAAAGUCUCUGUUACUAA